CCGCAACAACCACAUAAAUAUCAUGAACGGAAGCUUUUUGUAGGCAGCCUUCCGGAAACCCUAGAAACUACGCCGUCAUGGGUAUCGAUAUCGUCGCCGGAGGCCGGAGCAAGAAGGCGAGGCGCACGGCGCCAAGGUCGGACGAUGUUUACCUCAAGCUCCUCGUCAAGCUCUACAGGUUUUUGGUGCGAAGGACGGGUAGCAAGUUCAAUGCGGUGAUUCUAAAAAGGCUCUUCAUGAGCAAGAUCAACCGGCCUCCGAUAUCCCUCAAAAGGCUAAUUACUUUUAUGAAUGGAAAGGAUGACAAAAUUGCAGUCAUCGUGGGAACGGUGACUGAUGACAAGAGGGUUUACGAAGUGCCAGCAAUGAAGGUCACGGCUCUGAGGUUCACGGAGACAGCAAGAGCCAGGAUUCUGAAGGCAGGUGGGGAGUGCCUGACGUUUGAUCAGCUUGCCCUCCGUGCACCUCUUGGACAGAACACUGUACUCCUGAGGGGUCCAAAGAAUGCUAGGGAAGCUGUGAAGCACUUUGGUAAGGCACCUGGAGUUCCACAUAGCCACACCAAGCCUUAUGUCCGAUCCAAGGGAAGGAAGUUUGAACGGGCUCGCGGAAGGAGGAAGAGUAGGGGUUUCAGAGUUUGAUUUGGCCCUUAUUAUUGUUACGUAAAAAGUUUUGCACAACUCCUGCUGCAGUGAGAACUCUACUUUCCCAAAAAUUGUGGUGUUUUGUUUUCUUUU